AUGUCGCGUCCCGAAGUGUCUGAUAUCGAGAAUAAGCCUGUGGUUGACCUUCCUUACUUCACUCCCGCUCAGGAACCGGCUGCUGGCACCGCAGCCGAUCCGCAGUCCGAUGGAGCAGCGAUUCCGAAGUUGUUCCAGCCGCUAUCAGUGCGCGGUCUGACCUUCCACAAUCGCAUUGGGUUAUCGCCGCUAUGCCAAUACUCCGCCGAGGAUGGACACAUGACCCCGUGGCACAUGGCUCACCUUGGAGGAAUCGCCCAGCGCGGACCAGGAUUCAUGCUGGUCGAGGCUACAUCCGUCGUCCCCGAAGGCCGCAUCACCCCGCAAGAUUUGGGUCUGUGGAAGGACUCCCAGAUUGAACCUCUGCGCCGUGUGAUCGAGUUUGUGCACAGCCAGAACCAGCUCAUUGGUGUGCAGCUGGCGCACGCGGGCCGCAAGGCCAGCACCGUCGCGCCAUGGCUCUCCGCCGGCGAUACCUCGUCCGAGAAGAUGGGCGGCUGGCCCGAUCGCGUCAAGGGUCCCACGAACGAGCCCUUCAACGAUCGAUUCCCCGUCCCACAGCAGAUGACCAAGCAGGAUAUCGAAGACCUCAAGGUCGCGUGGGUGGCGGCCGUCAAACGCGCGGUGAAAGCCGGAGCCGACUUCAUCGAGAUUCACAAUGGACACGGCUACCUGCUGAUGUCCUUCCUCUCCCCCGCCGUCAACACCCGCACCGAUGAAUACGGCGGCAGCUUCGAGAACCGCAUCCGGCUGAGCAUGGAGAUCGCCCAGCUCACCCGGGACAACGUACCCGAGAACAUGCCCAUCUUCCUGCGGGUUUCCGCGACCGAUUGGCUGGAGGAGUCACAGCCCAACCAGCCCAGCUGGCAAGUCCAGGACACCGUCCGGUUCGCCACGGCGUUAGCGGACAGCGGCGCCGUGGACGUGAUCGAUGUGAGCAGCGGAGGUACCCAUGCGGCACAGCAUAUCCACGCGAGGCCGGCCUUCCAAGCCCCCUUUGCCAUUGCCGUCAAGAAGGCCGUGGGCGACAAGCUGGCGGUCGCGACGGUGGGCAUGAUCGACAAUGCGCAUCUGGCCAACUCCUUGUUGGAAGAGGAUGGACUCGAUCUGGUCCUCAUCGGCCGUGGCUUCCUGAAGAAUCCGGGAUUGGUGUGGGCCUUUGCCGAACAGCUGAAUCUCGAAAUCUCCAUGGCCAACCAGAUUCGCUGGGGCUUCUCCCGUCGCGGUGGUGGACGAUAUCUCCCCAAGAAACAGGACAAGGCGUAG